CACGAACCGUGUUUAGUGUAACACUGUUUGGCAACAGCGACUAGUGAUACAGAAAUGUGGAGGAAACGGUAUUAGACAUUUAUCAGGAUUCUGUUUACAGCCAGUGAAAUUUAAGAUUCCACUGGUGGAAAUACGCGAGCAGUAUGUCUGCGGGAAAGAAAGGAAGCGCGGUCUUCUCUGGAUUCAGGGCGCUGGGACUUUACUCUAAUCAUCUGGCGCACGUGCUUCGCUUCCAUAAGAAACACAGAGAGUUCUAUGUGCUCACUGCAGUCGGACAGUGCUUCCACACAUAUAAUGUAAAGAAACUUGGAAUCGUUGCAGUCAGUAAUGCCCUCCCAGAAGACAUUUCAUCCCUGGCAGCAGAUCGUAUGCUUGUCUAUGCCGCAUAUGGAAAACUUAUCUCUGCUUUUGCAAAAAACAAAGAGGUUGUUCACACAUACACAGGCCAUCAAGCUGAUGUGCACUUACUGUUGCCUUUCGGAGAUCAUCUGAUUUCUGUUGACAAGGACAAUGCUGUCAUUAUUUGGGAUGUGGAGUCUGAGGACACAUACCUGCAGAUUUCAUAUGACAAAGCAUCAUUUGAAGUCUCUGCUCUGAUGCAUCCGAGCACCUACCUGAACAAAAUCCUGUUUGGAAGCAGUCAAGGAAGUCUUCAGUUAUGGAACAUCAAAUCGAACAAACUCCUGUUUACAUUUCCUGGAUGGGCAUCUGCUGUUACUGUUCUUCAACAAACUCCAGCUGUAGAUGUUGUGGGUGUGGGUUUAGCAUCUGGGCAGAUCAUCAUUCAUAAUAUCAGAUUUGAUGAAACGCUGAUGAAGUUCCAACAGGACUGGGGUCCGGUCACGGCUUUAUCCUUCAGGACAGACAGACAUCCAAUAAUGGCAUCUGGCAGUCCUAUCGGACACAUAGGAUUGUGGGAUUUAGAGGAGAAGAAACUAGUCAGUCAGAUGCGGGAUGCUCAUACAACAGCCAUCGCUGGCCUCACAUUUCUUCAAAACGAACCCCUCCUGAUCACUAACGGAGCAGACAAUGCCAUACGGGUGUGGAUUUUUGAUGUAGCCGGAGGGGACGGACGUCUGCUAAGACACCGAACUGGUCACAGUGCCCCACCAAAAAAAAUUCAGCACAAUGACCAGAGCGGCAUAAACAUUCUUAGCGCAGGUCAAGAUGGUACUUUGCAGUCAUUUUCAACUGUUCAUGAAAGAUUCAACAAGAGUUUGGGCCAUGGCACUCUCAACAAAACAAGAGCUAAAAAGAAAGGUGUGACACAUGACACGGCAAAACUUCCAGCCAUUACAACUUUUGCCUCAGUGCAGUUUAAAAAGAUUUACGGGAUGCUCGCCAUCGCUCUGGAUGAUUUUACUGUUCACAUUCUGGACAUGGAGACCAGGAGAGCUGUCCGCAGAUUCUCUGGACAUCGUGGGCAGAUCAAUGACAUGACAUUUAGUCCAGAUGGACGUUGGCUGAUUACAGCAUCUAUGGACUGCGCCAUCAGAACAUGGGAUCUUCCAUCUGGCAGUUUGGUCGACUGUUUCCUGGUAGACGCAGCAGCCGUCAGUCUCAGUAUGUCCCCUACCGGGAACUUCCUGGCCUCGUCCCACGUUGACGGCCUAGGUAUUUAUUUAUGGUCCAAUAACACACUGUGCAGUAUGGUGUCAUUGCGCCCUCUACCUGCAGACUAUGAGCCGACUGUGAUCAUGCUGCCAGGCACCUGCCCAAGCAAAGAUACAGAAGAGGAGGAAGUUUUAGAUGCUGACAGCUCUGAGAUGCUUGAGUACAUUUCACCAGCACAGCUGGAUGAACAUCUGGUCACACUCUCUCUGCUUCCUGACUCACGCUGGAAGAACCUGCUGCAUCUGGACAUCAUCAAGAAAAAGAACAAACCCAAAGAGCCCCCAAAAUUACCAAAAGCUGCACCCUUCUUCAUUCCCACCAUUCCAGGGCUGGUGCCCCAGUUUGCUCUACCCACCACACCCUCAGAGGACCAGUCUAAAGUUGUCAACUUCGGAGUGCUGGUACAGAAGUCUACCUUCUACCUUCAGCUUGAAAACGCCUUAGACAACAGCUCAUAUGAGGAGCCAGUGAAGCUGUUGAGAGAGUUGGGCCCCUCUGCCAUUGAAAUAGAACUUCGGGCCCUGUCACCAGAUAUGGGCGGAGAGGUCAGAGUUAUGCAGAGCUUCCUCAAGAUGAUCAGCAGCAUUCUUCAGUCCAAAAGAGAUUUCGACCUGGCUCAAGCCUACCUAGCAUUGUUCCUGAAGGUAAAUGACACAGACAGAAAAUCAGCGCCCUACAUAGGCGACAGUAAGACCCAGUGGAAGCCGCGCGCUCAGUCCGUUCAGAGAGCGACAUGA